AUGGAAGAGGAUGUGUAUGCCUCGCUAGGUGCCUACAACGACAGCGGUGGCGAGGAUUGGACCAGCUCCGAGCACCUGGUCCUCUGGGAGGAGGAAGAGGCGCAGCGGGCGACGGUUAAUGCCAGCAAUCGGCAUAAUCAUCUGCAGGUGGCCAGGUGGAAUGCCAGCGGCAAUGCGAGCAUCACCGCGAACUUCGAGGACGUGCCCUUCGAUGCGAACAACUACUGGGCCCUGUUGGCCUUGGUCCUCGUCCUGGGAACGGCGGCCGGGAACAUCCUUGUCUGCCUGGCCAUCGCCUGGGAGCGCCGGCUGCAGAAUGUGACCAACUACUUCCUCAUGUCGCUGGCCAUCACCGAUCUCAUGGUCGCCGUGCUGGUCAUGCCGCUGGGCAUCCUUACGCUGGUGAAAGGUGAGUCCUUUGUCCCAUUCAAUGUCCGGAACAGAGGUAUUUUUUGCAGCCACCUUUUGUUGAGGGACUCAGUGCACACUUGA